AAAUUCGAGAAGAGCGUACCUAUGCGCACGUUUAUGCAAGGAAGAAGAAAGUUGAAUAUUGAUUAAAAUUUCUGCAAAAAAAAAUAUAUAUAUAUAUGUAAUUAUAUAUUGUAAAUGUCUUUAAUUUAAGUGAUAUAAUUCAAAUAUUUGUGUAAAGUUUAAUAUUUUAAUACACGUCAAAGUACGAGUGAAGGUACGAACACUGAGAAAAUUAAUAGUAAAAAAAGCACCAACAAUACAAAAGCAAAAGUUUUCUUGUGUGUGGCAUUACCAGCGGUCGUCGGUACUUUGCGAGACUAAAAUAAAUAAAAAAUUAAACCAAACCGAAUCAGUUAGUGUGAUUUUUUUGAGCCUUCGUCUGUGAGGAGAAAGCUUUAAGCGGAAUCCCUUAAGCAAGCAUCCCGUCGCCAUUUUGAAAGUGAUUUUACAUACAAAUAAAAUACAUAACCAUAAAAAAUACAAAAAAAAAACAAAAACAAUCAUAUUUCUGUAAAGAAUAUCAAUCGCAAAUUUUAAUUGGAUCUGGAAGCAGUGAAAACAAGGCAGCUUUUGAAGUAAAUGCAAAUUAUUUGUAAUAAUCAGUAUAACAAAGUGGCAAAAAAACCCCCCGCAGCUGAAGAGUGAGCAAUCAAUAACUGCGACAUAGAUACAUACAGUCGUCUUCUUUACUCCUAUACUGCAUACAAAAAACGCUGUGUGUGAGGAAGAAAGACUGCUGGCAAACCAACAGCAGCAGCAACAAAAACAACAUUGGUGCGAAAAGGUUUACAACUCAAAGACCCGGGCCAGGCUUGGAUUAAGCAUAGGCGAUAAGGCAAGAAAAAAGAGCGAACAAGAAGUAAAUUUGAAAAUUAGAGCUAAGGAGGAUAGCCUAAUAAAAAGAGAUAAUUCAACAGACUGAUAAACAAUACAUAAAGUUAAACUAAAUAAAGUAUAUAACUCAAAUUGUACAUAAACGAAACACAAAUCGAACCUCAGCAGCAGGUACAACAACAAAAGACAGCCGCCCGAUUACCACUAGAGAGGAAACAGACACCAUCGUCCCCGAUAACUAGAAAGGCGGCUGAGUCAAUAAAAACGACAACGGUUUGCAGAAGGUGACGGUAUCGGAGUAGCAGGUUCGAGUUUGUUAUCGAUAAUAAACAAAAUUGAUUUUAAGUGCGUGUGAUAUUUAACGUUAAGCAUUAAUUUAGCGAAUAACCAAAAACAAAAAGGCAAAAAAGCAGAAAUUUUAUGAAGCAGAUCGAAAGAAUAGGAAGAUAAAUAGAGAGAGAGAGAACGUGAAAGUGAAAAGAAAAAAGAUUGCGCGCUUUAGGUAAAGCUCAUAUUAGUUUGAAGACGUAAACGAAGCAAGGAGAGAAACAGAGAAGUAGUGUGGAAAACAUUGGAGUCGCAGAAAACAAGAAAUUACUAUGACAUACUCGCACAAUAGUGUAAGAAACAACAUUAAAAUGACAACAGCAUCAACAACAAAGUCAAUACGCUUGAAAAAAGGCGCAACGACUCCACCCCCAGCCCCAGCCCCCGUUUCACCAACAUCAUCAAUAGAAGGAGCUACAACAGUAGCAACAACACCAACACCCUCGGAAACUGCACAUUCCAACAGUAUUGCCAGCAGUACAAACUUCAUCAACAACAAUCACCACUUCCAUCAGCAGCAAGUUUUGAGCAUUUCGCCCACACUUUGCUCCCCAACGAUCACCCCGAACAAUCGCACCCAGCAAAGGCUGCACUCUCAGUCCGCAGGCGCUAGUAAUCAACGGACUCGUCAGCAGCAGCAACGGCAGUCGCCUCAGCAGAUGAGCGGUGGUGGUGGAGGAGGAUUUUUUUUUGCCAACAACUGUAAGCGAAAUGGUGGCAACGGCGGUGGUCGAUCGCCACAACAGGCAACAACGACAUUGGUGCGCCAAUCUCCCGCAACCAUUUUGGGUGGUGGUUUCUCACCGACAUCAGGCGCAGGAGCAGGUGUUUUGGCUGGAGGUUCAGCGCGCAAGCAGCGUAGGAGUCCAACGACAACUACUGCAGCAGCAACAGCAGGAAGCGUAAACAGUUUUGGUGCUGGCGGAAAGAUCUCGCCACAACACCAUCUCAUACCCACCGCACUAACGCAUUUUGCGGGCAGCAAGUGCUUUGAUGCACCGGCACCAACGGCGCUGCCCAAGCCACCGCAACAUUGGACGCUAACCAAAUCGGAAGAAAAGCUGGUGUCCAGCAGCGCUGGUCCCACAUUGCAGAGCCUGUUGCGCGGUGAGCGAUGCAGUGCAUCCAAGUUGCACCUCAAUAACAGCACUGGUGGCGGUUACGUGGUGAAGUCAUCGAAACGUAACCUACUCGAUGAUUUUGAUACGCACAACCUCAAAUUAUUGCUAAAUGUGCAGUCGUAACGCAGGAGCAUGAGUAGGCAAAAGAACCAAUAAUAACAGCCGAAGCGAUAUAACCGAUAAACGAUACGUGAGCAUGGAACACCCAGAUGACCCUGUAAAUGACUAGCAAAACAAAAUUAAAAAGAAAAAAAAUAAAAAUAAAAAAAAAAAAAAAACAAUAAAAAAUCAAAAAUAUAAAAAUUGUAAAAACUAAAAAAAAGUCUUAAAAAAGAUCCAAUCAUCAAAACUGAAAAUUUGAACUUUUUUAAACAAAACAUAAAAACAAUAAUAAUAAAAAAAUGAGUAAAUGUUUGUGAUCUCAAAUGUAUCAUAAAACAGCCUCAAACAUUGAGAAGCUAAAAAAUAAACAAAACGAAAAAUUCAAAAUUAAAAAAACGUAAACAAAUGGAAAAAACUUGAAAAAAAUUGUCCUUACACUAACAACUACAACGAUAAAACUACAAUUUCACACAACAGACAGACAGAGAGUUACACAACAAAAAGGUGCAAAAUUCUCCAAAGGCAAAGAAUAAACCUUUAAAAAAAAAAUUUAAAUUAACUUCAAUUUGCAAACUUUGAGAAUGGCCAAUCGACAAAUGAACAAAGGAAAACCUAAAAGGAGUGAUGCAGAAAGGACGUUUGGCUAGAAAAAAGAGAAGAAUGUGAUGGAUUUAAAGAACAGGAUGCAAAAUCUAUAUGUAUGUAUAACGGAUACUUCACAACUGAACAUUGUUUUAUAAACGUGAUACGCAAAUAGACUUGAAAAUGUAAUUAAUAAGUAAAAUUAUAAAUAUGUAUGAUGUAUUUAUGAGUAAUUAAAACGACGCUAGAAGCGCUACAUAAGUACACCUUAUGUUUACUUAUAUUUCCCCAAGCGGACAAAAUGUGCAACGUACCUUAAAACAAAAAAACACAAAACAAAAAAAGAAAGCAAGUAAAUUAAAAACUGUUGAGAGAUGAGCACACAGAUGAGUCAAAGCAGAAGAGAGAAAUUUUCGACAAAUAGAGAAAUAAAACAAGAAAACAACUUUAAUUAUAAUAAUAACAACCAUUAAUAACGAUACACAUUAAAUAAUACCACCCACCAAUUCACAAAAGACUAAUUCAACUUAUAACAAAGGAAAGAUGGAAAAAGGAAAAAACUCAACGACAAACUCAACGCUGCAAUAAACAGCGCAAAAUGCAUUCAACUUGAAUACAAAUAUAAACUAAAAACAGAAAAAAACCUUAAACUAAAAAUAAAUAAUUAAAAAAAAAAGAACAACUCAAUGGCCUCUCUACCUUAAGAUAUCACAUAGAUAAACGCAUACCAACCAACACACUUAUAAAUAUAGCAUAAACUUCCAUUAUUUUUAGUUUUUAAAACAAACUUUGUAAAAAAAAGAAUGAGUUGAAAGACACAUAUAUGCAAAAAUGGCUUUAAAUUCUAAUUGUAAUUAUAAUUUAAACAUUCUUGAAUUGUAAAUACUUUAACAGUAAACAUAAUAAACAAAUACAAAAAAAUCAUCAAAAAUCAUACAAAUUCAAGAAAAGUCAAGAAAACCAAUUGUGAAAAUUUGUUGCAAUCCCCACAAAACGCUUUAUAUAAGAGUUAAAAUGACGACAAUGAUAAUAAGAAUAGAGUUAGAGAGGAACGAGAAAAGAGGUAUAUUAUAAAGUAAAGAUGAAGAAACUACUACUUUUUAUGUGACACUGUUCGUUGAUGCUCAUAAAUUAAAACUAACAAAACAAGAAACACUUGAACCCAGUACCUUAUUUUCAUUAUUAGCAUUUAAUAUUAAUUGUUAAUAAUUAAUAUGUAUGUAAAUUAUUUAAGUAAACUUCCCUAGCCAUGCCCCUCACUACACAAAACAAAAAUAUCCAAAGUUAUUGUAUUUUGCGUAAUAAUUGUAUACAAAAAAAAAAAAUACCAACAACAGAAAAAAGAGUCGCAGCGUGAGUUUUGUUGUUAUUUGUUUUUCUUUUUGUUGCCAUGUGAAUUGGCUCCUUGCGUGAUAAGCCAAAAAAAAAACUAAAAGAUAAAAAAGAAGGAAGCACUUUUUGAGUUUUAACCAUUUUACAUACAAAAACAAACAACAAAAUAAAAAAUGUUUAUUUUAAUUUCUGAUACAGCUAUAUUUUACAAAACAUAAGAAUGAUAACAUUAAACAAAAUGUGAACAUUAUGAUGAUAAUGAUGUUAGAUUUUAAUGUUAAAAAGCCAAAAAAGUCAUGCACUACUGUUUAGGUUUACUUGAGAGCAAGUUGUCAUAUAUUGGUAGCUUUAAAGCUUGUAUCCUUCAAGUUACUAUGCAAACACUCAUACACAUACAUGUACCAUACAUACACAUACACUAAACUUCUAAGAGUAUUUUAUGAAAAAACAACAGUUCGAGCAGUGCUCGAGAUCAGCCAACAAAAAAAAAAAACGAAGGUAAUCCCUUAAUCACAUACAUACGAAAAGCAAAAGCAAGAUUAAAAAAGAACACCUUGGGAACUUGCCACGUAGAAUUUUGCAUUUUUUUAAGAGUGUAAGCUAUAAAAAAAAGAAGAAAAUCACAUUUGUUACUUGACGUCAAUUUAAGUAAAACGUACAUUUGAUAAAAAAAAAAAAAACAAAAAUAAGAUCCAACCAAAAGCAUAUGCAAAAUUCAAUACAAGUAAACACAAAAUAAUAAACAAAACAUUUAUUCAAAAAAAUCCAAAGGGCGCAAAUAAUAUUUUUUUCAAUUGCCUUCAAGUUGGCAGCUGCUUUUUGGCUUUGAUAACUUUUUAAAACACCAAUCAGUACAAAUUAAUUUCCAUUUUAAAGUUCGGGGACAUUAAGAGCCUUCCCCAAAAGCAAGGCCUGCAGCUCGAUUUGAAGACAAAUGAAAAAUCACACCAACAACUUAAAAGCGUAAAACAAUUCAUAUUCUGUUGUAUUUUUAUGACGUUUAAAACCCUAAACAAGAAACGUAAUAUUGUAUUUGGAGUUCGAAUAUUAUUUUUACAAUUUUUAAGCAGAGAUUUGUCGUUCUUACUAUUUACAUACAUACAUAUAAAUGUUUUUUUUUUUUAUUUCUCCAAUGAUCUAGUUUACAAUUAAAUUUGCAAUUUUUUGUGAUACUUUGCUAUAUAAUUUUAAAUCUGGUUUAUAAAUGUAUUUAAAAUCAAAAAAAAAAAAAAAUGAAAGACAA